CAGGAGGAGGUGUUCUGCCGUCCGCUAGCUGGAUGAGUGGUUAUGUCUAGCCCCUACUUUCCAAAUAGCUUUGAGAUUUUGGACAUGGAUGAGUCUAACCUCAUUUACGAAUGUGACAUGAGCUCAUUCAAUCAAUUUACUCCACAACGCGUAGCUCCAGCACUUGUGGGAGGUUUUCAGCAACCCCUCUCCUCAGAGAGCCAUACUUCUUACCCUUCCUUCCAUCCGGUGGAGACUCCCUCUCACAUAAGCUUUAGUGAAAGACCGGAAAAGAUGAAAAAGAUAAAUAGCUGGAACUCGCGUACCACCGAGCAGAAUCCAACUUUGAUCCCCGAUGCAUCAUCGGCUGACUCCCUUUCGUUCCGCAAUCCAAAUUCACCUAAUGAUGUAUUUGGAAGAGCUGCAGUAUCACAAGAAGAGAUGAGAGCUUUAGUCUCUAAUGGUUCAGCACAAAAUUAUGAAACACUUGCUCAACGGGGAUCAAAGAUGACACAGAUGGGAUCAAUACUAUCUCAAGCUCAUGAACACAUAAUCGCAGAGAGAAAGCGGAGGGAGAAACUCAGCCAGAGAUUUAUAGCACUUUCUGCAGUAAUUCCUGGUCUUAAGAAGAAGGACAAGGCUUCUGUUCUUGGAGAUGCAGUCAAGUACGUUAAAGAACUCGAAGCGAGGGUGAAGAACCUCGAAGACCAGAAUGCAAAGAGGACUGUGGAGUCCGUGGUCCUUGUCAAGAAGUCUAAGCUCUCUGCUGAUGCUGAUGGUUCAUCCUCCAAUGGGUGCUCGGCGGAAAAGCCUCUUCCUGAGAUUGAAGCGAUGCUUUCCGAGAAGACAGUCCUCGUAAGGAUCCACUGCGAUAACCACAAAGGAGUAUUGGGGAGGCUGGUCUCCGAGAUUGAGAAGGUCCAUCUCACCGUCACUAAUGCUAGUGUCAUGCCCUUCCCCAGCUCCUCCAUCCAUAUAACACUGACUGCAAAGGUUGAGGAGGAGUUCUCCAUGGCAGUGGGGGACCUCGUAAGGAAGCUGCACUCAGCUUUGAGCUAGUUCGUGUUAAGAAAGAGCAGCCGAACAUAAGUAGUUAUUAGGACGAGGAUCGAUGGUUGCCUCGUUUAUGUUCGUAGUAAUCCAGGAGCUCCUUUGUCUUCGAAGAGCAAAGCCAUCCCCUACUCAUCCAUCACCACUAAUUUUUGCUGCUCUCCCAACAGUUACAUUGAGUAUGGUGAUGUUCGGUAUAUAUUGAGCUACAUAUAUAUAAUUGUAUAAAGACUUGCAUCUGACGUUGCUGCCCCUUUAGGAGGCACUCGCCAUAAUUUCUGUUUGGUAUUUUGUAUUUCUUCUUUGGGAAUGGGCGUGUAAAGACUAAAGAAACGCCGAUUGUGUGGUUGUUCCGAUGGCUUUUGUUCUGAUGAAUAUUUUUUUGGGCUAGAAAUUAAAGAAAUGGGGUUGGGUACGGUGUAUGGUACGAUAG